ACGCGAUAAAGACGUCUAUCUUUCUCAUGGGCAUACGCGAGCUCUCAUUCACGCGGUCCGCGUCCGCCCUGCUGUCGUCUGUUUCUACUUGAAACUAGCGCCGCGCUCGCCCUAUCAUCGAAGGUUAACCCGUUAACGGCCGACGAUUCAUUUUCAGAAUAAAAAUUAUAGGACUGAGGAAUUAUAAAAAAAAAAAGAAUGACAGAGUAGUAAUAAUAAUUCCGAUAUUAAUCCGAUUCCUUUAGAGAAUAAAAUCGAUACCCGGGUAGAACAGAAAAUGACAACAAAGUGACGAGAAAAUAAUCUAAAAGUGAGUUUUUAUAAUCAUUUUCUCGUCAUUUUAACGUCAUUUUAACGUGUGAUUUUUCGUUCUACCUUGGUAUUGUUGGAUUUAUUUAUUAUGAUUUUUCGUUAGAUUCUCGUGCCGAUCGAUCGAUCUAACUUUUGAUCCAUUGGGCCGAAACUUGAGGGAAAGCAAGAUUGGCUCAAAUCGUGGAAACGCAAACCGCAAAACCACCACGUGCACCCCCGCGUUUUACCGGGCCGCAGUCCAAUUCGGGGGACACGGAGACGCGAACAGACUGUUCGCGCGAGUCCUCGCCACUUCGAAAUAAAAUCACGACAGUUCCGGCUUUUCCGCGGACUUGGCCGUAACGAAGCCGACGAAGUAAAAGGACCCGCUUAAAAGCCACUAACUCGGUUUGGCAGCGUGGAACGAGAAGUAAAGUCAUUUCCUUAGGCAAGGCGCGCGCCGCGUGGUUCCAGGCACGGCAUUGUGUGGGAACGGAUUCACCUGGCUGGCAUACCGAUGAUGGUCCGCUUACUGCCAGCCAGCCACUUACAAUUUACCGUACCGUACGCCGCCGGCAAUAUUAUUUUACGAUUCAACAUUAUCCCCCUGUUCCGUUAUUGUUCCGCGCUUUUCUCGCCGACGCGGAACCGGAGGAGAGACACUUGUUACUUGCUCGGUGGAGACGCGCGUAUCGCACGCGCGCCGAUUAAUCCGCGUACGAUAAAGCCCGAAUCGAGGAGAUUGUCGUGCAAUCAUCAUUCGCAAUAUGUAAACCGAAAGACGCCUCGGCGUUCCACCGGCGUCGAGUCUCGCUGUUCCCGUGCGUGCUUAUUGCUCGGAGAUUGCUUCCGAGAGGGAAUCGCUAAAUUGUCGGCAACGUGGCGACGAGCAAUUUGCUACGGGGGACUACACCCUCUCUCGCUCCGACUUGUCAUAAACUUCUUCCCCCGUGCCUCCUCAUUUCCUGCGGCGGACGUCCUGAAUCACCCCCUGCGCGGCUGCAUGAACUAAAUCACGAUCGACCGUCGAGCAACGGCAAAUAAUUACACUGACUUCCGAAGGGGCUUCGACAUCCCAAAGUUUGAACUCGGGAGUUGCAGUUUGGAACGCAGCCAGUGGUCCAGUGAGAGAGCUUAACUUUCGGCAAUUGAUCAAAAACCAAGUUCUCUCAUCGGCUGCAUCUAAGUUUCACGGAAUAAAAGUAUUCACCCGUUCAUCCUAUCUUCGAAUAGAGUUCGAAGCUUCGAAUAAUUCGACCUCGAAUCUUCCGGACUUCGUCGUCAAAUAUAUCGAAUUAUACCGAAGUUUCGAAGCUUCAAACACGCCAAAUAAUACUACUGCUAGUAAAGAUUUUCUUUUUUUUUUUCAAACGUGCAACAGUUACGGCAACGAGUCACUUUUAAAGAGCAAUUUUUCCCGCGACCCUGAUAAUAGUAGUGAUAAUAGUGAGGUCGAGACGAGCUGCACGUACGCACGCGGCUAUCAGCGACAGUUGAAGCAGACGCGCUCCGGCGUACCGCUCUCACGAAUUCGCGCGUCGAACGGGCGAUAAGCGCUUCGUGUUUCACGCAAAAACAGAAUAAAUAUAAACGGGAGGUGCGAUACGCUACAGAAAUAACAUCGUCCCCGGGAGUCAGGGAUGACGAGAGGUUGAUUUUGCGCGUGCGAUGCACGGUUAAUGGUGCUCGCGUUAAUAUCGCUUUUCGGUAUCGCGCUAUUUCUGGAAAAAUGCCAAAAUUCGGUCAGAAACGUUUCCGAGCGAUAGUGUCACGGUGAUUUUCGGUGAUUUCUCUGUCGGGUAUUUACGCAUUCAAGAAGAAGAUGAAGAAGAAGAAGAAGCAAUAUUAUGUAUAUCACGAUCGCGACGUAAAGAGCAAACGACGCGUCUUGUGUGCGGGGAUGCGGUUCCGGUCGCCGGUGUUGCUGCUCGCCGUCUGCAUCGUCGCGACGACGGUACUCGCGGCGCAGAGGGUACAGUGGGAAUGUGAACAGGAUGUCGGCGAUGGGUUGAUCUGGCACUAUGACGUCAGGAGGCCGCAUCGGAGUGGUGGUUAUCAAGAGGUCGAAGCGGAGUACGGGCCGAUGGACGCGAACAUCACCGAUAUGAAAAUCGACUCCUUGUCGGAGGAGGAUAACGGCGCUUAUUGGGUAGUGUCGGGCGGAAUAGGACGCAACUACAUCAAGCUGAAGUUCCGCUCCAAGAAGUCGCGAGGUCUUCACUACCGGGUUUGCCUCUACGGCCUGCGUCUGCCACCCACCUUGAUGCGAGCCCCCGAGCGGCUACCUUGAUGAUGAUGACAACCUCACCGGAUCACUACCCUUUGUACCUCGCCGUGCACGAGCACCCGUUUCUUUCCACUAUUAAAUACGUAAUAGUUGUCACUUGAAACUCGCCUGAGAUACUCAGAUUUUAAUUCAAAGUUAGAUCUGAAAUUUUCUGAAGUUGAUUCGUAUGAUAUAUUUGACAUUACAUCUGUAAACGCUAUUCAAUUGAAAAAUUCACAUCUAACUUGAAAUUCAAUCCUGGGUAUCUCGUUUGAAACAAGUUUCAAGUAACAACUAUUAAUACGGGGUCUCAGACAUCUGAUCGUCUUCUGACAUGAUAGAGUGAUCUCUGAAACGAAUCUCAAGUGGAAGCUGUUACGUGAAGAAACGAUUAUAUAUAUCUUAACGUGUUAUUUGUAUUCUUUAUAUAUUAGUUGUAUUCUUUAUAUUACCAACUUCUGAUCGUCCUUAAUUUUGUAUCCUCGCAUAUGCGAAUAAUUGAAUUCUUUUCCACAUACGAUGAUCCAUACUAACUGUAGUCCGUUGAAGAAUUUAUAUUCUAAAUUCUAAUAAAGUUCGCGAUUGCAAUUGUUAUUAUGAGAUAUGUUUUUUCGCAUAGGAAGCUUACUAGCUGCCGUAAUAUCGCCUGUAAUAGUUACGUAAGAAAGAAACUUUUCAACACGUUUGUAUAUACCCAAACAGAAACGGUUGGAUUAAAUAACAACGCGCUUUCAUGUUGACGUAAAUAUUAUCGGUGUAAUAAAUUCGAGCGGA